AUGUCGUGGGGGCGGUUCCGCUUCACCCCUCACAACGGGCUCAGCCGGACGCGGUGGACGCGGGUCUUCCCCGCGCAGAAGUCCACGCCUUGCACCGUGGUGCUCAGCGAUGAGGACGAUGAUACUGACGAUACCUCCGACUCGGAGGUUCUCAUAAUCGACGGCGCAGCUGCUGGAGUAUCAGCUUCUGCGGCGGGACCUGAAUCUCAAACCAGGAAAGGGAACCGCUCCUCCAGUAACGUGAUCAACAUAGAUGAUGAUGAAGACGAGAAAGAUGGUGCAGGAGGCGAUAAAGCAGGUCCCAGCAUGUCCCGUGCUUCUGGGUCUCCAGCAGCGAUGACACCGGGUCGGGGUUCUCCAGGGAACAGAUAUGGGUUGGAUUCCAUGUCCGACAGCUCUGAGAGCGAUCUUACUGGAGGAUGGGACUCAGACACUGAUGAUGGCAGCUCUGAUUGUGAGAUUCUCGAUGACACUGGUACAGCCCGUAAGAUGUGGGAGACGUCUGCUUCCAGAAAAAAGCCGCCUCAUGGUGUCCAUGAGUGUAAGGAUGCUGGGGCUACUGCAUUCACAUCAUGUGCUGGGGUGGAGACACAGCCAGGUAAAAACUCUGAGCAUCUCUUUGGUGCCGAACGCCAUCCAGAUGAGAGUAUGUCUUGGUUUUACAGCACUGCAAGCAAGUAUGACUCUCAAAAUAGUUGUGGCGGUACAAAGGAAGGCCCGGGGCGUGCUCCAAGUAGUGCUGACAAUGCAAAGGGUGUCAAUGGUCCUUCUGUGCCAAAUGCCGAAGAUGUGCAAAAUAAUACCGGCAGGUCAAAGGAUGACCAUGACCAGUCUUCAGUGCCAAAUGUCAAGGAAUGUUCAAUGGUUGGUUCUGAAAAAGCUUCAGAAGGGGUUCAAUCGCCUCGGCCAGAUGAAAACUCUGCCUAUAACUUUGCCUCUGCAAAUAGUUUUUUUUCUGGGAUCUCGUCAACGGACAGGAAAGAUGGAAGUCCUCCAAUUUCUGUCAGUACUCCUGAAAAGGUUGAUGAGAAAAUACCUGAAGAUGUAUAUUCACAAAAGGAUCAGUCACCACCUGAAGCUUCCUAUAACACAAAUAUUUAUUCUGCUCAAGAUAAUGGUCCUGUCAGGGGUAAGGAUUUGCUUCAAGAUCCUGAGGACUUAGGGCGAUUUGCGUCAAUGAUUGGUGAACGUGAAAAACACAAAGAAUCUGUUGAGUACAAGCGGGCAGCAGAGGAGGAGUGGGCAUCAAGACAGCAGCAAUUACAAAUACAGUCUGAGGAAGCAAAGAAAUUGCGAAAGAGAAAGAAAGCUGAAGCUCAACGCUUGCUUGACAUGGAGAAGAGACAAAAGCAAAGAUUGCAAGAAGUCCGUGAAUCACAGAGAAAGAAUGAAGAAGCUAUACAGCUUAAGGAGCAGUAUCGGGGUGUAGUCAGAAAGGAACUGGAAGAUUUGGAAAGGAGACAUUGGGAUAUGACUUCAAUAUUGCAUGCGCUAGGCAUCUCUGUUGAAGGUGGUGAGGUUAAAGCCUUCAAGCAAGCUCUUCUGAAAUUCCAUCCGGACAGGGUAUCAAGAAAUGAUAUUUAUCAACAAGUAAGAGCAGAGGAGACAUUUAAGUUCAUUUCGCGGCUGAAGGAGAAGCUACCUCGGUUAUCCUAA